AAAUUUCUUCCUACAUAACAAAAAAUAAGAUAUUAAACACCACACGAUAUCUAAUCUUAUAGGUCACUAUGAUCCUUCUAUUACAAGUCCCAGUAACGUGAUAGAAUUAACCUUGAUAUCAAAACACUUUCUUUUAUACCUAUAUAUUCUACACCCAAUUCCCCCUCACAAGAUUUUUAAAUCACACAAUUUAACUCUUUUUUUGUUUUUAUAUAUAAUAAACAAAAUUUCUCUUAGACAUAUAAUAUGAUGGAGGAUGAAGAGAAUAUUCAUAUUCAUGAAGCAUAUUAUAAUAAAGGAAAAAAUGUUGAAAGCAUGAGUUGUUUAGAGACACCUAAUCAGAAUUCAAGGAAGAAAAACAAGAAGAUAGAAAACAAUAAGAGGAGGUUUAGUGAUGAACAAAUAAGAUCAUUAGAAUGUAUAUUCGAGUCCGAAUCGAAGUUGGAGCCGAGGAAGAAGAUGCAACUUGCUAGAGAUCUUGGAUUGCAGCCUCGACAAGUUGCUAUAUGGUUUCAGAACAGAAGAGCAAGGUGGAAAUCAAAAAGGAUUGAACAAGAAUAUAGAAAACUCAAAGAUGAAUAUGAUAAUUUAGCUUCUAAGUUUCAGUCCCUAAAGGAAGAGAAAGAGUCUUUGCAAUCAGAGUUGCAGAAGCUAAGUUAUAUGAUGGAAACAUGUCAUGAUGGUGGAAGGGAAGUUAAGGAAAAUAGUACAGAAGAUGGUGGUUCAGGAAAUGGAUACAGCAAUUGCAGGGGCGAAGUAAAGAAAAGCUUUUCAAAUGAUCAAAAUGAAAGAAGUACAAUAAGGAUUGAUCAGAAAGAUGAGGAUAAAGGACAUCAAGUUAUGAGAAAUGAUGAUAAUGAUCAUGAAGAAAUUCCCUUGACAACACUUGAAAAAUGGUACAGUGUGGACCCAAGUGGUAUCUUAGACUGCAACAGUUCUCAAUGGUUAGAUUUUUGGACAUGAAAAUUGUAUCAUGUUGCAGUGUUUGGUGUUUCCUAGAACAAGGAACAAGGAAUAGUUUGCUCGGCUCGGCUCGGCUAAGCUCACGGCUCAAGCAGAAUGUCCAAACUCAAAAUGAUGAAGUUUUGUAGGCUUGAUUGGAUAGGAAGAGAAUUAAGAUAGCCUCACUCAAUUCAUUUGUUUAGAGAUUUGGAAGAAGAAAUAAUGUAAAAUUUCUGUUUUGUGCACUUGCUUUUCUCCAUCCAUUUACCUGGGUUAGAGUAUGUGUGUUUUUUCAUUUCUGGAUUUCAAGGGGUUUAAUUCUAACAUAGGUGCAAAAUAAAAUAUUGUUAAUGAGAUAUUGCUUGACUUCAAGAAGAACUGUAUAAUGUACUAGGUUUUAAUUUCUUAGACUAUAGUAAUAAUCCAUAUUUGAAAUAAGGAUAAAAGUUUUCAUUGUUUA